AUGACGAGUCCUGGCGGAGGGACGAAGCUGUACAAAUUCUUCCAAUCCUACCCCGCGAUUGACUACUUUCCUUCUCUACGCGAAGUAGAACGUCUCGCUCAACACAAGGUCAACGAGAUAUUCGGGGCUUUUGAGAACGUGCGGUACAUUCUUGAGCGACACGAAGAUACUGUUCGUAAGAGGUGGUGCAAGAAGAGUACCGCGAAGAAGAAGAAGCUUCUCCUCACGGCAAAGCCGGGCAUGGCAAGCGAGCAUCGACCUGAUAUUGCGGCAGAGCUUGCAGCGACCACAAUUUCUGACCUUGAAGAUGAGCUCUUUUUCGUUUCUGUCUGUACAGCAACAAACAGCGAAGCCUGCCUGGUGCCGUUCCUGAAUCUAGAAGAUCUUCUCAAUCCAGGGAGCUUUCUUACAUUACUCAACUCUCGCGGUCGCACCCCAAUCGAGACCUUCAGUCACACGGAAUUGCACCACUGUCCAAGCGCGUGGUGGCCAGACUCGGCCCUCCUCCCAUAUCUACAGAGAUUCACGAUGGUCUUCGCUGGGCGUAACACACGAAACACCUACGGUCGUAUUCAGCGCUGGAGAGACUCCAAUGACGCUUGGAGGUCUAUCUACAAAGGCCAAGCAGUUCAUCCAGGCAAUGGGCUCCAGAUCCUUUGUAUACAGGAGAUCAUCUACACAUUCUUGCAGCGAUGCUGUCAUCUCUUAGUCGGUGAUCUCUUGGCUGAAGGGAAAGGACAACAGGCACAGCAUCCCAACAUACCGCCGACAGUCCUCGUAGUAGAUGACACACUCAAUUACACUAAUCGGGCAGAGGUUUCACUGAUGAUUCCAUAUGGUAUUCCAGGGCAAUUGGACUUCGGCCGCUUACGCAGUUUGAUCAGCUCCAAGGUUGGCGAGCUUGAGGACCAUAUCUGGGCUUUGCGAGAAGACCCUGGCUAUUUCAGUGAAGUCUUCCAUGACUACGAGAGGCACAUUGUUGAGUACAGUGUCUUCAUCGAUGGUAAUGGAAACGCUGCACUGAAGGAGCAGCCUGAUGCCGUCCCCGGUCUUAUCCUUCGCAAUCUCAUAACUGAUCCCUAUUAUGCCUUGUUCUACUGGCAUAGAUGUUUACACCUUCUGGAUCGCCUGGAGUCUACUGCAGCACGACACAGCUUCAAGUUCCCCUCGCACGAAGAACUGCCAGAAGGCUAUCGCGAAGACCUUUUGAGGCUUUGGACGGUUCUCAAUGCAAUCCAAACCGAUCUCCACGAGUGUUUCAGACAACACGUUCUAGCCACACCAACAAUGAGAACCUACAUUUCCAAGACAGCAGAAGACCCGGAUAGUCGGAACUAUGCAUUCGAGUUUGAGAUGUCGCAAGCAAAGGGGGAUUCCGUCACCAUCCGUUUCCUCGAAGUACUAUCUCGAAUCAUCGUCCCACGCGACCCACCCGGGCAUGGGUUCGUAGCAGAGUUGGACGACCUUGAGAGACUUAUCAUCAAGAAUCCUGCCGCGAAAGGUCUUCUGUCACCGUUUGUGUGGGCUGAUUUCUCCCAAAUGUCUGUCUCAUCCGAAUGCAUUCAGCGGAUCCGGUUCUACCAGCCAUGGUCAACGCAGCUCGAGUAUGAGAUGAUAUUCCGUAAGCUAGAAUUGGGGUUGGAAUUCGCUAUUUUCACAGGGAGAUGGAGACCUGUAUCCACCAUGCGAAGUUUUGAGGAUGUUGCUUUGAAGCGUAUGGCAGAUCCUUCAGACGGGAAAUUUCACUAUCCGAUCACUGAGAGACGUAGCUGCGCCACGACAGAUGCUCUACGCCUAGCAGAAGAGAACCUUGAUGACUUCUGGAAGACUGCCGACUCGUUCUGCAGGAAGUUGACGGGAUCAAGCUUCCCGGAUUUACUAGAGCGGGAUAUCAGCCACGGUCGGUCUCUACGCCGCACUGCACCGUGGACUGAGCCGUCCGCCCGAAAGGAAGACGCGAGAUUCCACGAGAGCCACAGCGAGUCUUUCCACCAGUACACUUACAAACCGUUUCUCUUCGAGUCCUACCGGGGGGCGGAGGCGCUGACGUCGGUCAGAAGAAAGGUCAAGACUCGCGGCACCGUCGACUUGGCGAGGGCGGAAGGCAACGAUGCUCCGGAUUCUACAGACCAAACAAUUCUUCCAAUAAGCGUAACGGUCGACAAGCGCUCUCAUCUUGUCUUCAAGACCCUCUUCUUCUCUCCUUCAGCGCGGGAUGUGCCAGGUGAAGUAUCAUGGAAGGACUUCGUUCAUGCUAUGGUCCAGCGUGGCUUUGAAGCUGAGAAGCUACACGGUUCGUCAUGGCGGUUCACACCAACGACCCUGGGUGCAGAGCGCGCAAUCCAGUUCCAUGCUCCACACGGCGCGCUCAGCAAACUACCUUUGACUUGGGCAAGGCGAUAUGGCAGGAGGCUCGAAAGAGAGUAUGGGUGGACGGGCGAGAUGUUUACUCUUACCUAG